CGACCAUUCAUAUCCCAUUCAAUUUAUUCUCUAUCAAAAUUCUCCCCGGCAAUAACAAGCUAAAAUUAGCAGUCUAUUUUCCUUAUCAUUAUGAGCAUGUUAUGAGACACGUGACUAAAUUGCAGGCAUCUGAUUACCAAGCAAAAAGGUCAAUGUCAAUCGGACGGUGCAAAAACAAAUCAUCAUGCAGGCUUGUGAGUGAUGGUGGGUUGUUGGUGGGGGCGUAAUCAGGAGUUCAGAGCGCGGGCAAGUAGGCUAUGUUGAGCGCGUGGUUCCACGCGCCCACCCUAUUUAUCCACUCCGGUUCCUCUCCUUCCUCUUCGUCCAGUCGCUUGCCCAUGGCCACCUCCGUUAGAAUUGCCGUCGUCGGUGAUGUGCAUGACGAUUGGAAUCUACAAGAAGACACGAAGGCCCUUCAAUUUCUGCAGCCAGAUUUGGUGCUGUUUACAGGUGAUUUUGGUAACGAGAAUGUUGAACUCGUUAGAAGUGUUGCUAACCUUGAAAUGGCUAAAGUGGUUAUUUUAGGGAACCAUGAUGCCUGGACUACUCAGCAGUUUUCUGGAAAGAAGAAAGAUGGUGUUCAACUUCAGCUGGAAUGUCUUGGCAAGGAGCAUGUAGGUUAUCGGCGUAUGGACUUUCCUGUGUUAAAGUUGAGUGUUGUUGGUGGACGCCCAUUUUCCUGUGGGGGCAAGCAACUGUUUCGUAAAAGGCUUCUGUCUGCAAGAUAUGGAAUCCAUGACAUGGAAGCUAGCGCAAAGAGAAUCUAUGAAACUGUCUUGGGAACACCAGAGGAUCAUGUUGUACUCUUUCUUGCCCACAAUGGACCCACGGGUUUAGGUUCUAAUAUGAAUGACAUCUGUGGAGUGGACUGGGUGUAUGGAGGUGGUGAUCAUGGUGAUCCAGAUUUAGCACAAGCCAUUUCCCACUUGAAAGAGACAACCAAAUUCUCCAUCCCCCUGGUUGUAUUUGGCCACAUGCAUAAAGAGCUGGCACAUGGAAAUGGCCACAGAAAAAUGAUUGUUGUUGGGGAAGACGACACCACAUACCUGAAUGGGGCCAUCGUUCCUCGGGUUAAAACUUUGAUCAAUGAACAAGGAACCAGUAACACAAGUGUCACAAAUAGUGAAGCCCCUCCUUUCACACCUGAAUCCAAAGGCACAAUUCGGGCCUUCACUGUGGUUGAGAUUCUGGAUGGAAGAUUGGACAAGAUAGCAGAAACUUGGGUUUCAGUCAUAGGAGAUGAGACCAGAGUAGAACAGGAGCAUAUAUUAUUUAAAAGCGGCAUGGAGCUUUCUUCCUAAUUGGAUUGAGACACUAUACAUUGCUUGUGCCAUGCAUCAGUGUACUGGAGAGAGGGACGCUUCCUUCACCAACCCAUGUAUAUAAUUGUUAAAGCCCUUUAAGGGUGUUAUAACUGGUGAACCAAAUAUGGUUUAUGUAGUGAAAUGGGGAACUGGAUUUUAGCAUGUAAGCAUACAAGUGCUGUGAGGACUACUUUGAAAUGAAAUCAUUCCCAGUGUUCCCACA